AUGAGCCAGUCAUUAACUGAUGCAUGCAUGAAUAAUGAUCUAAGGAAGGUCCAGGAGUCAGUCGAAGAUUCUGCUCAAAACCUAUUCCAAAGAGAUGCAGAUGGGCGGAUCCCCUUACAUUGGGCAGUUUCAUUCAAUCAUAAAGAAAUUAUCCUCUACAUCCUAUCCUAUAUGAAAGAAGCACAGCUUGACGAUUACCCAGAUGAAUCUGGAUGGACACCUUUCCAUAUAGCUUGUGCUGUUGGUGAUAUAGAUAUAGUCGGUGAACUUUACGAUAGAAUGGUUAAGCCAGACUUGAAUCUGCAGACAAAUCAGGGUGUUACAGCUCUUCACUUAGCUGUCUCCAAGAGGCACAUCAACGUUUGCGAGUUUUUACUUCGCCAUGGAGCCUCUGUAAGAAUAAAGGACAAGAAACUACAGUUACCUUUGCAUAGGGCAGCUGCCUCAGGAUCACCAGUAUUGGUGGAGCUACUGUGCGAAAAAAAAAGUCCAGUUAAUGCAGUGGAUAUCAAUGGUUGGACCCCUCUAUUCCAUGCGUUGGCAGAAGGUCAUGGCGAUAUCGCUGUGAUGUUAGUGAACAAAUACGAUGCAAAUGAUCAAUUAGAAGACUCAAAGGGCUUGAAGGCAAUUGAUUAUUCACUCAACGAUCAGAUUAAAAAAUACUUUCAAAAUCAUCUAUCAUAA